UCUGUCCUCUUGUUUAGAAAUUGAACAUGAAGUUAACUCCAAAGUAUAUAUCUGAGAUUUAUAAAGAUCAAUCAAUUGAGACUUUAAAAGAAAUCAAUGCUUCGAAAAAAGGCAUUAAUAGCAUUGACGAUAUAUCUAUUUGUAAAGAACUUCGUAAAUUAAUUCUAUCCAAUAAUGAACUUGAAGACGAUGCUUCCAUUGCCGGGCUGAAAGAUCUUGAGCAAUUAACACUUUUGAAUCUUUCUCAUAACAAAUUUAAGGAUUUUACCGGAUUUCAGCAUUUUAAAACUUUGAAUGUGCUUAAUGUUAGUCAUAAUAAAUUAGUUCACAUGAGUCCACACCUUACUCGUAUUAAGCAGUUAAAAGCUCUCAUUUUAAAUAAUAAUGAAUUGUUGGAAAUUGAAAAUAUUGAAUCUUUGCAUCAAUUAAAUACCUUGGUUGUCUCUCAUAAUAAAAUCGAUACUGUACCAAAGUUAUCUAGCAAUGCUGAACUCACAAAAUUUUCUGCUGCACACAACCAAUUAACCACCGUUCCCGACUUUACUUAUAACCCUUUAUUAAAGGAAAUUCGAUUAAAUGACAAUAAGAUUACAGAGAUACCCGAAUCACUAAGAAAUUGUAAUUCCAUCGAAGUUUUAGAUUUUGGUAAUAAUCAACUUUCUGAAUGGAAAGAUAUUGCUGCUCUUGGUUCUUUACUGAAACUUCAUAAUCUAAAUUUAAAGGGUAAUCCAAUUGCGAAUAAAAAAGAUUAUAUUGAAAAGAUACUUGAACUUGUACCUUCACUUCGUAUUUUGGAUGGUGAAAGAUUUGAUCCUAAAUUUUUAGAACGAAAGAAAAAACAACGAGAAAAUAUUAAUCUUAUCGAAAAAAAGCAACGUAUUAAACGUAUAAAGCUUCAAAAGAAAAAGAAGGAAUUAAAGGCAGCAAAGGAAAGUGAUGUAGAAAUGACAGAAGCAGUUAAUAAAGUUCACAAACCAAACCGAUCUGUAGUUGCUGAAGUGACCAAGAUUAAAUCAAAACGUCCUGCUGAAAAAAUGGAGGAAUCUGGAUUAAAGAAGAAGAAGAAGAAGUUGACAAAAGAGAAUGAUCCUUUCUUCUUGACAUCAUCUUCUAAAGAAAAGAAGGAAAUGGCUAAGAAGUCAACUGCUGUUCAUACUGUAACUGCUACUACUACUGCUGCUGCUGCUGCUACUGCUACUGCUACUGCUACUGCUUCUAACAAGACAGCUACUACCACAGAGUCUAAAGUGAAAGCGACGUCAUCUGAAUCUACAACUGUCCCUUCUGUUCCAACUACUCCUCCUCCUGUACAGACAAAGGCACAGACAGGUGUAGUUGGUGUUGUUGAUAAGACGAAGAAAGCUAAAAAGCCUAAUAAUAAGACGACAGAAGAUAUUGUUGCUGUUUUAGAAAAUGAAAAUACAAAUGAAGAUAGCAAUACGGGUACUGGUUUAGAUGUUGGUGGCUGGGAUUAGAUAAAAGUUGCAUUCUUAUAUCAUGUACAAACUUAACUCAUAAUAAAAUUGCACAUAAGUUAUAUUUAUAUCUUUAUAUCAUGGUCUCUCUCUCUCUCUCUCUCUUUUAAUACUUGGACUUUUCCUUAUAUAUAAAUAUAAGCGUAUGAAUUGGGUCAUUCUUAU